AUGUACUCAAGGUUCUUAGACUCAUUUGCAUCUUUGAAUGUGAACAUACCAUUCAUCAAGGUCAUUCAGCAAAUGCCAGCAUUCAUCAAGUAUAUGAAGGAACUACUUCCCAGGAAGAGCUCACUCAAGGGGGGCCAGACUAUAGUGAUGAACAAGGAUUGCAGCACCCUCAUUCAAACACAAUUGCCUGCGAAAAGAAAAGACCCAGGGAGUUUUCAUGUCCCUUGUGCUAUAGGGGAAACAAAUUUUGAUAGAGCACUUUGCGAUUUGGGAGCAAGCAUCAACUUAAUACCCCUAUCCCUGGUAAAAAGGCUGCAGAUCAAUGAGAUACUACCUACAGAUGUAGUCAUAAGGCUGGCUGACAAGACUCAAAAGCAAGCAGUAGGAGUGGUGGAAAAUGUGUUGCUCAAAGUUGGAAAAUACUUUCUCCCAACAGACUUUGUCAUCCUGGACAUGGAAGAGAGUCAUCUGCACCCAAUCAUAUUGGGGAGACCAUUUCUAGCUACUGCUAGAGCACUCAUAGAUGUGGAGAAAGGAGAGCUAAUAUUAAGGAUUCAUGAUGAACAACUGAGCUUCAGUGUUUUCGAACUCUCACUGGAAAAAGAUGAAGAGGACAAAGAACCGAGCAAAGUGCAUCAUGAGAUACUAAAGGAAGAAGCAAGCACUGAAGCACAACCAGCUCAUCCUGAGAUUCACUGGGUUGAUGGACAAGGCCAGCAGCAAGUGCCACAGGUCAAGGAAAAAUUGGAGACUAAUCAGAAGAAUGUAGGUGAUGAUAACGCUGUUGUGUGUAACAACAAGCGGCUGCAUUACUGCCGAAGCUCUCUACCGCUGUUAUUGAACAAGAGAAAUAAGAUUUUUAGAUGCAUUUGGUUUUGA